GCUUUGUUCAGCCUUGUGUCAAGGCUUCGCUGAACUUCGCCGCAAGACAUUUCUUCUUGAGAAUAGGAUGUCUUGCAAUUAAUCUGUACUGCUCAAUUCCAUCUGCAAAGCUUCUCGUUCUUCUUUAUGAGCCCGAUGCUAAAUAAGUAUAAUAGCAUCUCAGCCCAAAACUCACUCAAUAGCCACAUCUAUUUACAAACUCCGCACAAUCUUCUCGACAACGCCCUGCGUCCCUACUUGACAGUACUUCUUCCACAAUCCCUUGGACACUCUGCUGGCGACCUCAAAUUCUGCCUGUCUUUAGAUGAUCAGAGGAUGCUAUAACUUUACCGAAUUCUCAACUGGUCUCCCUUCAUAGACGCGCCGCGAAGCUUAUAAGAAUUCUGAAAUUGUGGUGGAUUGGUAUCUACAGGUCCUGCAGUCGACAUUGACAAGAUGUAUCAUUUAGCAAAGGGAUUGUAUCGAUAUGCCACUAGUAAAGAGGAAUACUCCGUUCUCCUCCUCGGCCUUGACAAUGCUGGCAAGACUACUCUCCACACCCAAAUCAAAUCUCUAUAUUCCCCGCACAACCCCGCUCCCGCCGAUCCCUCACAGCUGAAAACAGUACCCACCGUCGGUCAAAAUGUCUCCACCAUCGACCUUCCAGAUAUGUAUCUGAAGAUUUGGGAUAUAGGAGGACAACAUUCUCUUCGAAAACUAUGGCAAUCUUACUAUACUAGUUGUCACGCCAUUGUCUUCAUAAUCGAUAGUACCGACAUUGGGUCUGGUGAUCUCGCUGAUCUGGACUCUGAUACUGGGGAUCAAGAUGUAGGGAGAUUGGAGGAGUGUAAAUUGGUAUUAGAAGAUGUGCUGAAAAGUGUGGAGACGGAAGGAGUUCCGGUACUGGUUUUAGCGAAUAAACAGGACAGGGAGGAUUGCGUGGAAGUUGUGAGGAUUAAAGAGGGUUUAGUGAAGAGGGUUUUUGAGGGAGAGGGAGGCGGUGCAAUUAGAGACAGUAGGGUUUUACCGAUUAGUGCUUUGGGUGGAACGGGGGUAAGGGAGGCGGUAGAGUGGGUGAGAAGUAGAGUUGUUUGGAAUAGGGAGGGGAGGCCACCUGUUAUGCGGUAGUUGAAGAGGGUAGAGGAAUGAAUAUCUGGAGAUCCAAGGGUCAAUAUGGGGUGGGACCAUCACGCGAUUUGGGGGGGAAUUGAAGGAGAUAUGAGAGUGGAACGAGUGAGCUUUGUGCUUCUAUUGCUUUCCAUGAUCCUGAUUCUCAUCUGCAGUUUCGAGAUUAUGAGUAUCCAGAUUUAUCAGACUUUCUUGAGAAGAGGUGGACAGAGAACAAAAAGCUUCGAAUAUACUCUGAAAGAUGGCCCAGAUUUAACGAAUGACUUUCGGGUAACAUACCAGGCUAGGGGGGAGGGACAGCAAGCGAAUUACAUUGAUGUUAAAUUAAGGAUAGCCAAGGAGUUUAACAGGCGUUUAUUUGUAGCUAACAAAUAGAAGAAGUAGAAAUGGGAGAGAGAAAGAGGUGCGGUCCAUCUUAUAACGCACCAACAACGAAAGAUUUCAAGAUAUUAUAAUUCAGUAUCCAUAUCAUCAAUAUUUAUAAGUGUCUGCAAUUUUCA